AUGAUUGUUUUGUUGCCUUAUGUCCCAGUCAAAAGUGCUGCCAAAGUCCCAUUAAUUUUAAUUUUCCCCUUCACCGUCCACUUCUCACGGGUUCAAAAGAAGAAGAAAAAGGCCAAUCAAGUGAAUAUGGCGAUAGAAUACCACCGAGUCGACGAAGCAAUCUCCGACGAAGAAGAGCAGAUUGAAAGUUCGAGCCUGAUGACCAAGCGUCGCAAACGUACUGACUACUCCCAACCUUCCCGCCAAAAGUGGCUCUCUCUUCGAGUGAUCAAGGACAUUGUGUUAUUCUCCCUCGCUGCCUGGGGACUUGUGAGCAUUAUUCAACGGUUGGCAAUUGUGCCUGGCCUUGGCCUCGCAUAUCACAGUAUCCCCGAGGGAUGCGACUGCGGAGAUUCAGUGGCUGAAGCAAUAUCGCGCGGGUGCAAAUUUGACUCCCUAGCCAUGGCCUGGCUGCCGGAGCAUUGUCGAGACGAUGAGCUCACCGCCGAAUUCAACACCGCAGGCAAUGGGCCCAACGGGUCGUGGGUGUAUUAUGCAGAUUCGCUUCGUACGAUCGAGGUCGAUUCCAACACUGUCGCCGCCAUGGGCGACGAUCCGGAUGCUCGAGUUCACAUGAAUGAGCAGUGGCAUAAGAUCCAUUGUAUUUUCUACUGGAGAAAGCAGUUCCGGACCCGAUUUAAUGGGAAGAUUGUCGAGCCCAGGUCCGAUACGGAGAAUCACAUCAAACAUUGCGGAGAGAUAUUUUUGCAGCCGGGAUCUGGAACUGUUUCUGGGAUUUCCCUGAACACGAAUGUGGAGGUCUGA